AUGGCGACCGCUGCCGAUACCGCGAUCGCGCUGGAGAAGACCGCAGCCCACCAUGUCGAGGAUACAUUGGGCCACGGCGCCAUCUUCGAGGCCAAGCAGGCCACUGAAGAUGAGCAUUCGCAGACCCUCAUGCAGGCCUUGCGUGAGAACCGCAAGGCAGUGAUGUGGUCUGUCUUGAUCUCUAUGACCAUUGUCAUGGAGGGAUAUGAUACCAUUCUCAUGGGCAACUUCUUCGCCUACCCCGAAUUCAACAAGAAAUAUGGACAGUAUUAUGGCGACGACAUCGGAUGGCAAGUUUCGGCACCGUGGCAGACUGGUUUGAGCAUGGCCAGUACAGUUGGAUGCAUUUUUGGGGGUAUCUUGAAUGGAUACUGUGCGUCCAAGUACGGAUACCGAAUCGUGAUGGUCAUCGCCCUCGCUUUCUUGACAUGUUUCAUCUUCAUCACUGUCUUCGCCAAUUCCGCAGCUGUCCUGUUGGUCGGGCAAAUCUUCUGUGGAUUCUCCUGGGGAGUCUUCGCAACCCUCGGCCCAGCAUACGCAUCUGAAGUCUGCCCAACCAACCUGCGAGGUUACCUCACAAUCUACGUCAACCUGUGCUGGGCCAUCGGUCAGCUAAUUGCGUCAGGCGUAUUAUAUGGACUCGUCGACCGAUCCGAUCAAUGGUCCUACCGGAUCCCCUUCGCCCUGCAAUGGAUCUGGCCAGUGCCUCUGAUCGCAAUUUGCUGGCAGGCACCCGAGAGUCCUUGGUGGCUUGUUCGCAAAGACCGCCUUGAAGACGCGAAGCGCAGCAUCCGUCGACUGGGCGGCAGCAAGACCGAAGAGCAAAUCAACGGACAGCUCGCGAUGAUGGUGCAUACAAUCAAGCUUGAGGCUGAGAUCGAGGCCGGUACCACCUAUUCUGACUGCUUCAAGGGUGUCGAUCUUCGUCGUACGGAGAUCUGCUGUUUGACUUUCGUCGGUCAGAUCUUGUCGGGUAGUACGUUCGCCUACUCGCCUGUGUAUUUCUUCAAACAGGCAGGCAUGGCCACAGGCCGUUCUUUCCAGCUUGGCGUUGGUUGCACAGGUGUGGCCUUCGUUGGAACUUGUCUUUCCUGGUGGUUGAUCACAGGCUUCGGUCGCCGAACCCUAUAUGUCUGGGGCCAGGGCAUCCUAUGCGUAAUACUGUUCCUAAUCGGUAUCCUUAAUGCUGCAUCGCACACAACUGGCGCGAUGUGGGCACAGGCUGUAUUGUGCUUUUUGUGGCUCUUCACCUAUUCGUUGACAGUUGGACCUAUCGCAUACGCCAUUGUAUCAGAGAUGUCAUCUGUGCGAUUACGUCCGCUGACAGUUUGCCUUGCACGUACUGCCUACCAGAUCAUCAAUGUGGUAUCCCAGGUUUUGGAACCGUACUUUAUGAACCCAACAGCAUGGAACGCGUCCGGUAAAACUGGGUUCUUUUGGGGUGCCACUGCCCUAGUUGCCUUCCUGUGGGCAUUCUUCCGUCUGCCGGAGCCAAAGGACCGUACAUAUGCGGAGCUUGAUAUCUUGUUUGCGACAAAAGUCUCGGCUCGGAAAUUCGCGUCGACCCACGUUGAUGCUUAUGGUGUCGCACCAUCGUCGUCGCAAGAAGGGCUUGUGCGCGAGCAGACAACCCAUGAAACGAAACAGUGA